UCUACAACCAUCUGCACAAAGCUCAGUCUGGAACUGUAUAUGCAGAAAGUUGGACUGAAACAGUAUUUCACACAGAAGAUGUCGUUGAAUACCGUACUUGCAGUCGAUGGCCAGAUGUUAGAGGACAACCAUGCUCCAGCUCUACAGUCCCUACCAUUGUGUUUUCUGAAAGAACUGAUGAGGGUGAAUGUGUCAGCAAGGGAUGUGCAGUCUGAUGAUAAAGAUCGUAUGAACCCUCUAGACCUCAUAACAGCCCUGUUUCUGUGUUCAGAUGGUUUCUUGCAGCAGGAUAUUGCCCUGAAAAUGUCCAUGUGUCAGUUUGCUGUUCCUCUCCUGCUGCCCAACUGUGACACAGAACAAAGCACUUUGAUGCUGUGGGCCAUGAGGGACAUAGUGAAAAAGUACAGGCCUCAUUCAAUGAAAGACCAGAAAGGGUAUGUUGAGAACAGUAUUGUGCUUACUGACCUCCCUAUGGUGUCAUUUGUUAGACUGGGCAACAGCACAUUAUCAAAGUCUCAGCUUUUGAAUGAUGUUCUAAGCUGUUCUCAGCAGAAUUACAACACCUUUGUUCACGGUAACAUGCCAGCUGGCAACAUUCCAAGAACUAUUUCUGAUGGGUUAGUGGAAAUCAGCUGGUACCUGCCCAUUGGCGACCCCAAAAUUGACGUCUUCACUGAAGCUGUGGCUGUAGCUAAUCUUCGUGGUGAUAUCCAGGAUUUUCAGACCCAGUUCUCUUUCCUCUGCGAGACGUCAGCAGCAGUGUUUGUGUUCUGUGAUGUUUUGGGCUCUGACAGCAGUAUUCUGAACCUCCAGAAGAUGAAAGGUCGACUCGUCAUUGUGUGCAACUCUGAGGCUAAGAGCUACGAUGCAGCCACAUUUGAGAAACACUCUGAUGCCAUAAUAAGUAAAGACAGGCAAAUAAACAACGCACAGCUUGUGAAGAAGCUCCGGUCUGCAGUCACAGACGUCUUGAAGGCAAACCCACACAAAACUAAAGUGGAGGAAAUGCUUGUUGUUGCGCAUGAGUUGGGUAUCCCUGUGGAUGAAGAUUAUGGUAUCUGUCUGAGAGCCAAGGAAAGUGCAACUUUAAUUACAGAUAAAAUCUCUUGCAUACCAAGCUAUAAGGAGAGCCAGCUGCCAUUACAGAGAGAGAUAUGGAAAAGUCUGACUGAACUGGAGAAAGAGGAGGUCAAGCUGAAAAAUGUAGGUGAUAAGGAUAUUGAAAUGUACAAGAGUGAACUCAAGCAAGAGAAAUAUAAACUCCGGAAGAAGCAGCUGUCUCUUGGUAUUAGUGAUAGUAUGAAACAUUUUGUGGAAGGUUUGAGGACUUCCAAAGAAGAGCGCUCCUAUUUCCUGAAGUGGAUGAAGCUCAAUCUGGACAACCUGUCAAGAACACGUCUGUCCGAUCUCAGAGAAAAAUAUAAAAAACUGUGUCAGAUUUCUCCAGACAAGAAAUACCUCAUUGCCGAUUUAGACAAACAGAUCUCAAACAGUUCCUUAGGAACCGAACAUUUCUUGAGAGAAGUUGGACAGAUAUACGAAGCAACUAUGUUCUCUGAAAGCAGUGAGACUCAACAGCAAGUUCAAGGACUGCCAAGAAUCUGUGCCGAAUUAAUGUUGGAGGGGUUUCCACUGGAGCUGAUGGAUGGUGAUGCAUCAAACAUCCCAAUGAAGCGGAUAUCAGAUGUUCUGCAGGAGCUCCACUCUUUGACUACGCCAAACAAUAAGAUCCGGGUGGUGUCUGUUUUAGGGGUCCAAAGCUCUGGAAAGUCCACUCUUCUGAAUACCAUGUUUGGGGUCCAGUUUGCCGUCAGCAGCGGAAGAUGCACCAGAGGUGCCUUCAUGCAGCUUAUCAAAGUCGAAGAGGAAUUCAGGAAUGAACUAAAAUGUGACUUCAUCAUGGUCAUUGACACAGAGGGGCUAAGGGGACUUCAAUCUACCCACCUUACUGACAAUUAUCAGCAUGAUAAUGAACUAGCCACACUUUUGGUAGGACUGAGUGACAUCUCAAUUGUGAAUAUUGCUAUGGAGAACACCACAGAUAUGAAAGACACAAUGCAGAUUGUAGCCCAUGCUUUCCUCAGGAUGAGGAAAGUAGGGAAGAAGACCAGUUGUCAGUUUGUGCACCAGAAUGUUGCAGAUAUAUCUGCUCAUGACAAAAACCUCAGGGACAGGACUUGUUUUCUAGUGCAGCUGAAUGAGAUGACAGCUGUUGCAAGCAGGAUGGAAAAUGCAGGUGAUGACACUAAAUUCACUGACAUAAUAGACUACAAACCUGAGGACACAUGUUACAUCCCAGGUCUCUGGCAUGGCAGUCCACCCAUGGCAGCUGUUAAUGAAGGUUACAGUGAAGUUGUAGCCAAUUUUAAAAGGAAGCUGAUAUGUUCAUGCAAAGAGGAGACCACUUUAGCACAAACUAUCCCUGAAUUCCUUGAGUGGAUCAGAAGCUUAUGGGAGUCUGUAAAGUAUGAGAAGUUCAUCUUUAGUUUUCGCAAUAGUAUUGUGGCUGAGGCGUACAGCAAACUGUCUGUGGAGUUUAAUGGAUGGGACUGGGCUUUCCAAAAACAUAUGCACAGCUGGCUGACAACAGCGGAACACAGCAUUGCAAACUAUGGCUUAAUGGGGUCUCAACAGGAGUCUGGCCUGGAAGACCUCUUAAGCAGUCUGAAAACUGAGGCCAGCAAUGAGCUACAAAGAGAACAAAACAUUUUUCUUGACAAUGUGACUUCCUAUUACAAAAGAGAAGAGAGGAAUGUGUGUUUUGUGGAGAAGUAUAAGGAAGAAUGUAUUAUUAGUGCAAAGUUCCUCACGAGCGACACAGAGAGAGUUGUACAGAACAAAUUAGAAGCUGCAGUGGACCUAAGAAAAUGCACCUACCAGUUAGACAACAUUAAGAAAACCAACCGGGAUGCUCUUGACAAGAACGUGUCUGACCUUGUUAAGAAAUUUAGUGGAGAUGAAAAUCCAAUGGAUGACGAACAACUGGGGAAAGAAUUUGAUAACAUGUGGGACAAAACAAUAAAGGAGCUCAAAUUCAAUGUUCUAAAGCGUCGAAAUGUUUCAGAAGAGAUCUACACUGCCCUUGGGAAAAACGUGGAAAUGCAAAGUAGUGCGGUCAAAGAUAUGUUGGUCAAAGCAAAACCCCUGGAGAAAUGUGGACUUAAGAAAUUUAAAGUAAAAAAUGAACUUAACAUAAUGUACAGGUUCUUAAAGAAGAUGGAGUCAUAUGAGAGUAAGAUUUUAAAAAAGGAUGAAAUUCAACACAUGGCCAAUAACAUCAUUAAUCAGAGUGAGAGGUUUGUUGCGAACAAGGUCAAAGAAAAAACUGACUACCAUAACACUUACAUCCAGGAACUACUAGAAUUGAUUAAGAUCAACCUUCACAGGGAAAAGGAAUUGCAAAUCAGUGCUGAAUUUGAAGCAUCUCUUAAGAUGCACAUCUGUGGUAAUGCAGCAAGAGAAUUCCAGAAAAUGCAUGAGGCUUUCAUUACAGACAAUGAUCCUCAACAAAGCCUGAAGAAACUGAAACAGCAGUUCUUGGCUGACUUCAAGGACCUAUUCUACAAGAGAGACCAGUGCAAAAGGAAGGCUGAAGAGUUCACCAAACACUGUCUGGAACCUGCAGUAAAGGAGUACAUCAUCAAAUCCCUUGGACCAGACAUUUUGAAUGAAAUGCUUUCAAACUGUGGAGACAUGGUGGGGAAGAUGAUUGAGGUCUACAGAGAAGGUGACAUGGUGGGGAAUAUGAUUGAGGUCUACAGAGAAGGUGACAUGGUGGGGAAGAUGAUUGAGGUCUACAGAGAAGGUGACAUUGUGGGGAAGAUGAUUGAGGUCUACAGAGAAGGAGACAUGGUGGGGAAGAUGAUUGAGGUCUACAGAGAAGGUGACUUGGUGGGGAAGAUGAUUGAGGUCUACAGAGAAGGUGACAUAGUGGGGAAGAUGAUUGAGGUCUACAUAGUAGGAGACAUGUGGGGAAAAUGA